UGGCGCGACGACUACGAAAAUCAGUCACACCACGGACAGCGCGGAGCUAGCACAGCAAGAGCACAAGCAGGAGGCACCAAGGAGCAGCACAGGAGCGGCGAGAGAGUCCUUCGCCUGCAACUGACCACGAGAGCUAAAUCGAGCCCGAGCCCGUGCCUGAAUCCGGAAUCCUGAAUCCUGAAUCCGGAAUCCUGAGCCUCAGAAAGAAUCGCAAAGGCAACUUAGUUAAUUUGCAGUGUUGCCCAUGUUCCGUAGCUUGCUUUUUGUUUUUUGCUGUUUAAAGAAGAACACACUUUAAUAAGAGAAAAUAGUGAUAAACCAGCGAGGGAAAGGCGAGAAGGAAUGAGUGAACAAUGUCAAGCAGAAUGCAAUGGAAAGCAACGUUGAUUAACUGAAAUAAGCAACAAUAAUUAGUGGACUAAGAGCAUACACAAUCCCUCGCCAGGAUGUCGGACCAACAGAAAGCCUCCCUGUGUCCCCGGCUGGUGGACUACAUGGCCAUCGUGGGUGCCCACACGACACCCCCGAUGCCAAAGGGACUGCAGGGCCUCAAGGCCCCACCCGUGCAGGUGCCGGAUCUGCUGCGUCGCUACCCGCCCUCGGAUCAUGCCGAUUUCCCGCUGCCCCUGGACAUGGUGUACUUUUGCCAGCCGGAGGGAUGCACCAGCGUGGGACCGCGACGCACUGGCUCCGCCAUCCGGGACAUGACCUCCUUUGUGUUUGCCCUGACCGACAAGGAUUCGGGGAAGACGCGGUAUGGCAUCUGUGUGAACUUCUAUCGACCCAUCGAGCGUCCCAGCACGGUGGCAGGUGGGGCGGGCGCCGGUGGUGAUCGUGCCGGCAAUGGAGGACCCGGUGGCCAUGGUGGAGCCGGCGGAGCUGGAGCUGGCGGCGGCGGCGGUGGACGGGGCGGCAGGCGGUCGUCGGCCUUCCGGCGCGAGUCGUGGCGAAAGAGCAUGGAACGGAGCUCCGACUCGGCAUUUAGCAGCGACUACAGAAGUAACGUAGCGCCCAGCGAUUCGGACCGUGAACUCACCUCUCGCCGGGAUUCCGACCAGCAGCGCCUCCACUCGCAUCAGCCACAGUCGCACCAAUCCCAGUCGCAUUCCCAGUCCCAAUCCCAGUCGCAGUCCCAUCAUCCGGCAGCGGUGCCGAAGCUGGGCCUGAUGGCCCCUUCGGCGGACUCCGAGUCCGGCGGCAGUCAUUCGCCUUCGCCGCGUGCCUCGCGGAAGCGGACGAAGCUGCGCAACCAGUCCCUGACCUCGCUGUGCAUCAUCUCGCACCAUCCGUUCUUCACCACCUUCCGCGAGUGCCUCUUCAUCCUGAAGAAGCUGAUCGAUGCCUGCAACGAGUCCUCGUCGCCCAAGAGGGUGGGCGCUUCGCAGAAGGUCAACCGGGAUAACGUGUGGACGGUGCUGACGGGUCAUGCCAGCGAGGCGACGCCCUCGAUCGUUCUCCAUGAUGUGCGUGAGAUCGAGACGUGGAUAUUGAGGCUUCUGUCCACGCCAGUGCCGGUGCCGGGGUCCACGCGAGUCGAGGUGGAGGUGCUCUCACCGACGGUGCACGAACCCCUGCUGUUCGCCUUGCCCGACCACACUCGCUUCUCGCUGGUGGACUUCCCGCUCCACCUGCCCCUGGAGCUGCUCGGCGUGGAGACGUGCCUCAAGGUCUGGACCCUGAUCAUGCAGGAGAACAAGGUGCUGUUUCAGUCGCGCGACUAUAAUGCCCUCUCCAUGUCGGUGAUGGCCUUCGUCACGAUGCUGUAUCCGUUGGAAUACAUGUUCCCGGUCAUACCGCUCCUGCCCACCUGUCUCAGCUGUGCGGAGCAGCUGCUCCUGGCGCCCACGCCCUUUGUGAUAGGUGUGCCGGCCUCGUUCCUGGUUUACAAGAAGAAUUUCCGCUUACCGGAUGACAUUUGGGUGGUUGACUUGGAUUCCACCAAACUGACGCCACCAACGGGUGGCUAUGAGGAAAUACCACCGCUACCUGAGCCCGAGGGCACCAUCCUGAAGAAUCACCUCAAGCAGGCAAUGCUAUUGAUGGACGAAGCUGGACUUGGUGCACUCACAUCGAUGACGGCCACCAAUCAGGCGGUGUCUUCGCAACAGCUUCUACCUUCUGUGAGGGACAGUCUCCAAGAGCCACCGCUGCUGGGGGUCUCCCAGGUGCGACUCCCUCUGCAAACGCCACCGCACUCGGCCCAGGCCAGUCAACGGAACUCCGUGUCCAACCAGGGAGCGAUGAGCUCCCGGCAGCCCAGUCCCAUGAACUCGCCGGCUCUCAAUCCCUUCGUCUAUGGCACCGAUGUGGAUUCCGUGGAUGUGGCCACCCGGGUGGCCAUGGUGCGUUUCUUCAAUGCCCAGAACACGCUGGCCAAUUUUGCUGAACACACGCGAACACUGCGUCUCUAUCCGCGUCCCGUGGUUGCCUUCCAGAUCAAUAGUUUCCUCAGAUCCCGGCCGCGGGCCUCGGUGUUCCUGAAUCAGUUUGCCAGGACCCAGGCGGUGGAGUUCCUGGCUGAGUGGUCGCUGACGCCCACAAAUGUGGCAUUUCUGCGUGUGCAAACCGGGGUGAUGGAUCCCAUGCAGGUGGGGGAUAAGCCCAAGUGGUUCGCCCAUGCCCUGACCCCCAUUAGGUUUUCGGUUUGGGACGACGGCAGCUCCCUGAAUGGGGCCCUGCGGUCGCUGAAGCAACUGGAGUGCCAGCCCACGGACGAGAGCGGCUCGGAUUCGGAGGGAGCGGACAGCAGCAGCUCCUCGUACAGCUCCCUCAGUGACUUUGUCUCGGAGAUGGCUUCCUCGGAUCUGUCGCCCAGCCUGCACGAUGUCUUCGGCUCGUACAAUCGGCCGCAUGUGGUGCCGCAGACGCUGUCCUCGAACCUGGACCCGGCCUUGGUCUAUCAUCCGCCCAGCAAGCUCCAGUAUCCCGAGGGCACGGCCGAUGCAGUGGCGGCCAGCAAGGCCCAGGAGGAGGAGGAUGACGAAGACCGGGCAGAUAGUCCGGUCUCCUCAUCCUCCAGCCGCUCGGAUCUCAGUUCGCCCAGCUUCAAUCGCGACUCGGAGUUCGAUUUCCAGCCCAAGGGACAGGCAGUGGGCCCGGGAGCAGGAGGAGGUGCUCCCAGCUUCGAGCUGGCCACACCCUUGGCUAUGCGUCUGGAGGCCACCAUCAAGAUGGCCAGCAUUGAGCAGGAGCCGGACACGGCCAGUGGCAAGGCCAUAACCAAGCUCCAGCGUCAUCCCAGUGACUCGGAGCGGCACGAGAAGAAGGUUCCGCCACCCCUGACGCCACCCGUUAAGCAGCCCGGUGUGAGCAACAUCCUGGCCAGGACGGGCAGCUCCGGCUCCAGCUCGAGCAGUCCGGGUCGCCAGAGCUCGCAGAGCUCUCUGUUCGAGAACUUCGCUUCGCAUGCCAAGGAAUUGGUGCGGGAGACGACCAGGCAGAGCAGCCAGGAGGGUCUGCUGGCCCACGUGGACAAGCAUGCGCUGGACGAAGAUCUUGACGACAAAAUGCGUCAUACCUUCGAAAAGUUCACGCUGCACGCCAAGAAGGCAGCGGGAGAGGCCUCCAAGCAGGCCCUGGAGGUGUCCAAGCAGGCGGCCGGGGUUAGCAAGAAUACCCUGGAGGAUCUCACCUAUGUGGGCAAGUCCACGCUGGGCGAUCUGACCAAGACGGCCAAGGAGGCGGCCACCAAGAAGGGCAUCAUUAAGAUCGAAGAGCAUGCCAGAGGCGGGGACUCCCUGGCGGUCUCCAUGACGCCGCCGAAGGUGCCGGGCUCCCAGCUGGCCACCCAGAAGCAAGUGCAGCAAAGUGGUGGCUCUGCCGGUGGCGGUGGCAACAAUUUCUUCUCCUCCAUUGGCACCGACUUCAAUGGCCUGGCCUCGUCCACAUCCACCAUGUUCUCUGGCAUGUUUGGGAAAAAGAACCAGCAGAAGCAGACUCCUGUGACCCACAAGCCAGCCGCCAGUGUUGGGUCCGCCAAGGGCAAGACUGGCAUCAACUUUGAUCCCUUUCCCAGCCGCAAAGGACUCGUGGAGCGAACGCCGCUGAUCAAGCACUCGGGUCCCAGGCAGACGCAGGAGGAGCUCACGCGACAGCAGAACCAGGAGCGCUCCCACAGCAAUGCCGAGAACCAGGCCUUCCUCAAGGAUGUGACCAACCAGGUGCUUGCCGGCGAGGGCGUUGGCUGGCUGAAGCUCAAUCGGUUCAAAAAACUCAUGGAGGACGAGUCCUAUCGCACCCUGGUGCUCAGCAAGCUCAACAAGACGCUGGACAAGAAGAUUGCCCCGGAUGACCACAUAGAUGAUGUGUGCGUGACGAAGCCCGUGUGGAAGGGUAUGCUCAAGUGCGUCCAGGCCAUUGCCGGCGGCUUGGACGUGACUUUCGGUAACUUUGGCCUGGGCGGCAUGGCUUCCGUGUUCCAGCUGAUGGAGGUGGCGCACACGCACUAUUGGAGCAAGGAGAUCCACGAGGGCAGCGACAUGUCCUCCAGCCUGCUCUCCAGCCAUGCGGCUAGUCCCAUGGGCAGCCGGGAGAACCUACGCUCGCCCAGCUCACCCAAUGGAUCGCACUCGGGCCUGGGCAGUGAGUGGGCGUCGCCGCAGGAGUCCCGCAAGAGCUCCACCGCCCACCCGGUGCCUGCGGGACCAUCGGGACCUGGCGGAGGAGUCGCAAACCGAAGGCUCUCGUCGACGGACAGCCAGGAUGGCCAGUCGACGACGGAGAUGUUCAAGGAUAUGCUGUCGCAGAAGAGAAGUGCCUUGAAGAACAUGCUCACCUCGUUCGAUUCGGAUGCUGCCGGCUCUACGGGCGCCCUCUCCGUGGUCAGUCUGGGCGUCGUCCGCUUGCCCUCCAGCUGCCGGUCCACGGUCUCAGACACGGAGUACGAAAAUACGACCACUUCGAAGGACUCGAAGAAGAGCACUGGCAACUUGUGGUCAGGGAAGUCGACGCUGAGUGCCGGCUUCCGGUAUACCGGAGGACACCUGAUAAACACCUCAUCCUCGCCAUCGCCAGAUAGUCCGCGGGUGUAUCUCUUCGAAGGAUUGCUGGGCAAGGAUCGCCUGAAUCUGUGGAAUCAGAUGCAGUUCUGGGAGGACGCAUUCCUCGAUGCUGUUAGCCAGGAGCGGGAUAUGAUUGGCAUGGAUCAGGGUCCCAUUGAGAUGAUGGAGCGCUACAAGUCACUGAGCGAAUCGGAGAGGAAGCGCCUUGAGCACGACGAGGAUCGACUGCUCUCUACGAUGCUGUAUAACCUGACCGCCAUUCUGGUGAUGCUGAAUGUCACCAAGGACGAGAUCCGGCGCAAGAUUCGACGCUUGCUGGGCAAGAGUCACAUCGGACUCGUUUACUCCCAGGAGGUGCACAAUGUGGUCGAUCAGAUCAAUAAUCUGAACGGCAACGACAUUGAUCUGAAGCCUCUUGGCUCCCGACUGUUGCAUCGUCAGAGCUUCACCGUUCACCAGGGCACCGAUGUCAAUGGUCCGCUGCGUUUUAUGGAGGUGCGGGAUGACGGACUGGUCCUGCGAUCCGUCGAUGGCACCAUUGUGGAGCGCUGGUGGUACGAGAGGCUGGUCAACAUGACCUACUCGCCCAAGACCAAGCUGCUCUGCCUGUGGCGCCGCAACGGUGGACAGACCCAGUUGCACAAGUACUACACAAGGAAGUGCAAGGAACUGUACAACUGCAUCAAGGAGGCCAUGGAGCGCGGCGGCACGCCCACCAAUGUGCCCGAGCUGGGAGGCGAGUUCCCUGUCCAGGACAUGAACACGGGCGAGGGCGGCCUGCUGCAGGUGUGCCUCGAGGGUGUCGGUUUGUUGUUCUCCAACAGCAAGGAUUUCGAGUUCUUCGUACGUUUGGACCACAUCCGCAAGUGUUUCACCCAGAAGGGCGGCAUCUUUGUGCUGGAGGAGUACAAUCCCAAGACCCGCAAUCUCAUACAGCGCAAGUACCAGUCGAGCAUGGCUUCGGAAAUCGUGCUGAGCUUUCACCGCGUGACCUCCGUGCAGUUUGCCUACAUUUGUCAUCUAAAUGGCUCCUCGUCCGCCCGCAGUCGGGGUACAGUCACCGCCACAGAGCUUAGUGAGACAAUGGAAUUGGAACGGCCAGCGCCGGUGCAGGAACUGGAAUCGAAGGAUUAGAUGGAAUAAAAAUGUGCCUAGAAUUGCCCACCCUCUCUUCACUCCCAAAAAGAAAACUAUGUAAAUAAAAUCCGAAUCCUUUUUAUGUAUAACCCCUAUUGUAUAUUAUAUGUACUUCCUGUCAUAUCUACAACAAAUGAAAAACAAAGAACAAAAGAAAUAACACUUCUCUACCAAACAAUCGAAACAUAAAAACAAUCAAGAACAGUUUUAUAUCACAUUAAGAGGGAGUUUUAUUUUCUUUUUGGCUUUUCUUGUGUGAACUUUAUAAAGUUUUUCCUUUGAUUUUCACUUUUAAGUUUUAUCUAUUUUCGACCUGAGUUUUGGUUGUUGUGUUCCACUUCCACUGUUCCACGAGCUGCAUGCAAUUCUGCCUAUGUGUUGUGCAAAAAAAAAAACAAAAAGAAACAAAACGAAAAACCAAAGAAUAAAGAUUUCUUUUAAAAUAUCAAAAACACAAACCACUUCACCAAAACACCACGAAAUAAUUUAUACAUAUGUAUAUAUAAAUAAACACUGUUCAUUCCUGGGCUUGGUAUUAAGUUUCACAGAGAGAUUUCCACAAGAACAAUUAAAUUGUCAUUUUUAUUCCCCUGCUGAGUAUUAUAAAGCCAUUUCCAACCCUAUAAAUCAUAUACAUUCUUGAUCUUUCUGGGUAUUAAAAAAAGAAACAAAUUUUGUUUUGUUUUUCAUCAAACACCCAAAAUAAGAGGCUGGAAAAAUACUUAAAACUAAUGUAAAUUUUUAUUUUAAUUUUGGAAAUAUCUCUGUGACUAUACCGAGCCCGAACAGGGGAUAUAAAAUCCCAUUUUAUGCACAAAUGGGAUGACAGAUCUUUAAAAUCACGUAUACGCUCCGUAGUCCGAUCAGAUUUGCUACUCGGUGCUGUGCGUAUUCUCCUACGUGGCCG